AUGUUGGGUGCUCGUGAUGCACCCCCAAUCAUCAGUGUUGACAAAAUUAGGGCACCAAUUCAGAUUGCUUCUACGGUAAGGGCAUUGGGAAAAGGUUUACAGAACCCACCACAGGGAGGACUAGCAGUAUUCUGCGCCACAUCAUACGAGGAAAAGGCCGGCCACAUAGCUCGAGACGAUUGUGCUAGUUUGAAGAUUCCAGCGAAGCAAUUAACUUGGGUGCAAUACAUGGGAGCAAUUAUUCUCGUGCCCACACCAUCUCUCGGGCAUGAGAAACAGGCAGAAACCUAUGGUAUUAGCAUCUAUAAGAUGUACUCCCAGAGGGUAGUCCCCCAGAUAGCAGACUUCGGUGAAGAUGUUAAACAUAGGGUGACAAAUCCUAACGUCCUCGAGAUUAGUCAGGCCAUGGACAGGCUUGUGCUGAACUACAUACAUUUACAUUCAGCAUCUUCGCUAGCACGACGACUUCACUAUCUCGAUCAUCUUGCUAUCUACUGCACAAUGAGGCUACCUGUGUUCCUUGGAGUUGCAAUGGUGACCUGCCGCUCUAGUCUGAAAUGGCAAAUCUGGCAGCUUGGACAGUUAGAGACACCAGCAUAUGUCAACCUGCAUGUGCCUGCACCGCAGCAAUGCUUGGCCCAUUUCAACCGAUGGAUUCAUGUCACCUACUUAGGCCCACACAUCCUUAUCUCUGCAUUCUCACAGAUGGCUCAGAGGCUGUAA